CAGCACGAGUGUCGCCGUCAACAAGUCCCUCCUCCUCCUCGUGGGGUUGGAAUGAUGAUGAUGCUGACUGGCGCGGACUCAGUGCCCCCCGCGCUCUCCCACUCUCUCUCUGCCCACGAGGGUGCCUGCCUCGUUUUGCGUCGUGCCGCGCUUUGCCCUGCUCACUUUGCCUUCGCAAUUCUCCUCCUCCUCUUCCUCCUUUGCUGAUUUUUCCUUCCUUGUCCCUAUCCGUUCCUCAUUCCGCGAUCCCGUCCUUCUUCACAUGGCGCUCGAGGCCCAGAAACCUGCCGGCCGAGUCGUGCUCAUGGACGGCUCCAUGGUGCGCUCCUUCGCUGAAGACCAGGCCGCAUUUAACCUAGCUGUGGAUCCCCUGUUCCAUGAACUUGACGUCAAUGCCGACGGCGUGCUCUCUCGUUCCGAACUUCGCCCUGCCUUUGAGCGGCUCAACCUCAUCGACCUUCACUUCGGUGUUCCUGACUCCAAAACUCCGGCUGAACUGACUGCCCUUUAUGACUCUGUGUUCCAGGACUUCGACACCGACCACAAUGACACUGUAGAUUUGAACGAGUUCCGAUCGUCCUUGAACCAGAUCCUUCUUGCGAUUGCCGACGGUCUUGGAAGUGCUCCAUUAACCAUGGUCGUCGAGGAUGGCAGCUUGUUGGGAACUGCGGCGGAUCACGAGAGUCGUGAUCGUAUGAAACCACAAUAAAUUGACUUUGAAGGUGUUCCUGCAUUUGCCGUUGCCCAUAACGCCUCAAUUGUGGCGUACUUUGGCUCUUUCUUUCUACGUUUCCAAUCCUAAGUCAGCCGGUGGAAACACCAUUCGCCAUGUCGUCGAUGCAAAUGAGCGAGUGAAAGUUUGAGUGGUCAUGCAUCCUCUUAAAUUAUCAAUCUCCCGAGUUUUGAGUUUUGCAAUAUAACGCUGUUUCAAUUUGGUGUUGGCCAUACAAUUCUAAUGCUUA